UCUAGAAAUGCCCUAGAAGUAGAACGGACAAAGAACGCAACUGCGACGUUGGACUCACUGCUAGAAAAUUAUGACAACAGGCUGAGGCCAAAAUUUGGAGGUAACCAAAGUUUCAAUGAAGAUGUGAUAUAUAGAUUUAGCCAAGAAUAAUAGCGAAGCUAUCAUUAAACACAGGAACUUCUGAAGUAAUUCAGCUUUAGCCACAAACUGAAUUCCACUUGGAGAAAAAAAUGCUCCGAAAGCGUUAUGGCAUCUUUAGAGCAAUGUCAAGACAUUUCUACAAUUUAAUGAAAAUCAAUUAACUCCUGACUGUAACUUGUUAACGCCCCCCAAGCUCCCAUUUUGCCACCACUGUUUUGCUACGUGUGUUAUUGGGGUUCGAAGCUAUCAGAUAGUUUUUGUUUUAAUAGGUUUUCCCCCUGAAUUUGAUUAUCCUGUCGCAGUCUUCAAAUAAGUAGUCCAAAAUGGCGACAUAAUUUAUUUCAUAUCAAGAAAAAAUAAAUUAGUACAAUAAAUAAACACAACAACAACAAAACGAACGUGCUUUCUCUUCCUACGAUUACAGGGAGGCCCGUCAUCGUCCAUGUUGGAGUGUACAUUGUUGAUAUCGGAGAAAUUUCAAUCACUAGCAUGGUAAGGAACGUCGUACGCUGCAUAUGCAGUCACGAAUUAGAGAAGACCUGAAAAAUAGGUUUAUGGACAGGGUGUCAAAACGAAGUAUACCCCUUCUUCAAUAAUGUUAAAUAGUUAGGUGAUCAUACACCAGCUCAUUGUAAUUAUAUAUAGUAAGUAGUAUCUUAUCAGCGUUUUUUCUCUUUAAAAUCGCUUGAUCUCUGUAACCGACUCCUAAAAGCUGAAAUUUGCUUGAAAUGCUACCAAACAGGACUACAGGAUGACAAUCUAUCUAAGGCAGACGUGGGAGGAUCCUCGCCUCAGGUUUAACGGUACUGAUCGCAUCGUUGCCCAGGGAAACAUACUUGAAAAAAUUUGGAUUCCAGACACUUACUUCAAUCAUGAGAAGAAAUCAAACUUCCAUGAGAUCACAAAGAAGAACUAUGAGCUCUCCUUCUAUCCCAAUGGAACAGUUUUUUUAAGCAUAAGGUUAGUGGUAUAAGAUUCUUUUAAUAACAUGCCUCCGUUUGUCCACGAUCCAUCCAUCCAUCCAUCCAUCCAUCCAUCCAUCCAUCCAUCCAUCCAUCCAUCCAUCCAUCCAUCCAUCCAUCCAUCCAUCCAUCCAUCCAUCCAUCCGUCCAUCCAUCUAUCCAUUCAUCCAUCCAUCCGUGUUUUCUCGUGAUUUCCUCCUAAGUUCGUUAGUUUUCUUUACUGCAUUGUGUUGCCUUCUAGCAAAUAUUGUUGCAAAUCUAUUUUUCGCCCAGUCAUUAAAAUGUUACUAAUGGCGCGGUUUUAGGAUCUCAUUAACUGGAGUUUGUCGAAUGAAUUUGAGGACAUAUCCAUUGGACAACCAGACGUGCGUUCUACACAUUUCGAGCUGUGAGUACUCAAACUCCUUUCAUGUAAAUAGAAGACAAUUAGUAUUUAGAAAAUUUGUCUAGUUCAUUAACUUUAACAAUCUUGGGCCCUAUUUUUCCAAGAAAGGCCUGCCAAAAGCUCUAAACGGGUGAAGUGGGUCGUUUUCUGAGAGGGCCAACAAAGUACGACGGGCUAUUUCCAAAAUUCAGAACUGGUUGGUCAUAAUCUUAGCUCGGAUUUUUUUCCCGAGUUUCCACUAGAUGCAAAAAAAAAAAAAAAAAGAAAUGAAAUGAAAUAAUAAAAAUAAUAAUAAUAAUAAUAAUAAUAAUAAUAAUAAUAAAAAAAUCAUAAUUACAAGGACGGAUAUCAACAUUACGUUCCUGCUCCAGCAAUUUCUGGUGAUGCAUGCAAACUGAGUUGCAGGCCUGCAAAGUGUUGUGGCGACCAACAAAUAAUUUUGGCCACAUAACAAGUCUCAUGGUCAAGGUAAUUGGUAUUCAUAAAAAGUCGGUUCAAAGGAAAAAAAUGCUAUGGUUUUGUUAUGGUGACGUGCUUAGGUAAUAGUUAGCAGUAACCUAAAUGACUUGGUUAAGUUGGAUUUGAUAAUUCAAUUUUUUUUUCGGUUUCGUCUCUAGAUUCCUACUCGGAAACUGAUGCAAUGUACACCUGGAAGGAAGGUCUCGUUGGAUCUGUGGAACGUGCUGAAGACAUUUCUCUUCCGCAGAUGGAUCUUGUUAGUAUUCGAGCAUUUAGAACUAAAGAUGUCUACUCUAGAGGUAAGAAAACAAUUGUCAUAAUUCAGUAAAGUUGUUAAGUAUACCAGGAAAUGCCUUUAGAUGUUGGUCAAAAUGCCUCAUCUUUAAUUAAGUAGCCUGCGUGUGUGGUAGGCAUAAAAAGGGGAUGCUGGGAGGCUACCGUUAGGCAGAUAUCGAAUACAAAUUUUUUACGAUUGAGCCAGCGAGUCCCUUUAUAAGUAGGAUGAAGAGUCCAGGUAACUAUACUCCUGGGCCAGGUUGUUCAAAGCAGGGUUAAGAUAACCCAGGGUUAGUGCAAAAUUUCAAAUCGGGAAUGAAAGCUCAAAAGGCAAAUUCAGUUUUAUUCUUUUUGCUUUUUUGUUUAUCCGGAGAAUGCUUUUUAACAAAAGGAAAAGAAACCCGGGUUAAAAACUUAACCCUGGGUUAGCGCUAAUCGGCCUUCGAAAAACUGGCCCUGGCUGUUAGUGACUAUGGCUGACCUUUUGGCAACCUGUGUGGACGUCUUCAUGCAAUGUCAGUCACUAUCGCUAACAUACCUUCAUUUAGGAUCUUCUGGAUUACUUUGUUAAUACUUUUGCAGUGGUUACGAUUGCCUCUUUAAAAGAGGUAAGAAUAAACACAGUUGGAAUGACGCUGUCCUCUGUGCGAAAGGUCCUGAGUUUAAUUUCCAGUUAUGACCUCCUUCCUUCCUUCCUUCCUUCCCAUGUGGAUUAAAGUAACUUUGAAUUCCCCUUUAAUUGGAAUACUAAUAGUUUGAGAGGAGUAACACAAAGUUAAAAUAGGGCCUCAAGUUUGAUUGUUAGAUGAUGGAUAUUUCAAGAAACCAACGUAAAACAAGAAGCCUCUACCUUUACCUUUAACUUAAAGCUCAGCGGCACCCAACGACUGCUUUCUGUAAAAUGUCUGUUCGGAGAAGCAAAAAUUGCCUAGAAUUUUCUACAGCUUGAGGAAGGCUAAAAAUUUCUGGAUGACCGUUCUUCUACUCAUGUACAAUUUUCGAAGCUUAUCUAAUUAAUAUCAUAGGUGACGAAUUACUCCUUAAUUUUGGCGCGAAAUUUUAGCGUUAAUUUGUAAUUUCACUUUUGAAAUUACUAAAUUGCCAUGGCAACUUGCCGCACGUCUCAGUGUCAAGGUGGCGACGAAUGUCAUGAAUGAAGAUGUCAGGGCAUAAAAAGACGCUUUAGAAAACCUGAACACACGAAAGACCACAUCAAGAAGGAUUCCUAGAGGUAUGUUGUCGAAAAAUUCUGAAAACUUAAGACAAAUUUCAGCUCUAAACGUUUGAGAGAGUGGAGUUCACGAUCGAUCCAUACGAUUCAGCAUAAACAAGUCAAAAAUCCUCAAUUGCUAACGUAAUUCGUCACCUAUGAUAUUAAUAGGUAAUCAAAUGGUAUACUCGUGAAAUUAGGGAAUAAUUUCACUUGCGUUUUGUCCAAAUCCUAACAAUUUCCCUCGCCUAAAGGCUCGGAAAAUUAUUAGGAUUUGGACAAAAUGCGCGUGAAAUUAUUCCCUAAUUUCACUCGUCACCAUUUGAUUACACAUACAAAUUCCCUACGAUUUUCUAAAGUUUAAUUUCUCGCGUUUCACUCCCGGCUAAAGUUAUUACUCGUAGAAAAACGAAACCUAAAAUUAUGCGAUGGGGAGAGGAAUCAGAAAAAUUCUUUCUUUCGUAAAAGUUUAAAUUGCAUCUAAAAUUUUCGGGAAAAUAAUUCUGAAGCCCUUGUAAUUUCGAAAAGACUCAAGUUGCCCUAGGAUGACCGAACAGAUACAAAUUUUAAGGCGACGUUUAAAAUGAAUUUCUAAAAGUUCUCUGGAUAGACUAAAAAAUGCUUUCGAUGCAUUUAGGGGGGAACUUUCGUUGGGUGCCCCUGAAAGGUACUUACUAAGACUGAGGAGACUGAUACACCUUUCGCCCCAUGUAAAGUAAUCCGAAUUCAGGAAUCCGGGGCAUUUUGCUUUUUUGCUUGUGCAAUCCCAAAUCCUGGGCUUUGGACUCCGCAAUCUAGCUUAAGGCAUUCGGAAUCUCGCUAAUGAGUAGAAUCCAGAAUCCAAGUUCUUUUAACGAGGAAUCGAGAUCCAGCACCUGAAACCAAGAAUCCACAGCAAGAAAUAUCCAGAAUCCAAGAACAUUUUCGAUUACCUUGCAUGGGGUGAUACCAUCUAGCUAUCUAUUGCUUUUCAGGGAAUUAUUCAAUGUUAAGCCUGGUAUUUACGUUCCACAGAAGACUAAGCUUGUUCAUAACAGAAACGUAUAUCCCAUCUAUUAUGAUUGUGGCGUUAUCGUGGGUGUCAUUUUUUAUCAACUACAAAGCGGCCCCGGCAAGAGUAGCGCUGUGCAUCACAACGGUCAGUAUUUCCUGGUUCCUCCAAAACCAGUUAGAUCCUUCAGGCUUACUUGUUUCAAUUAUUUUCAAGUUAAGUCUCCAUCUCGUCAGCUCAUUUUUUGACUUUUCUCUCCGGUAGCCUAAGAGAACAGACACAUUUCUCGAGGCCACCACUUUCCCCGUGAAAUGGCUUCCGAGGAACGUGUGCAGAAAUUCCAUACUGAUGAAGCGUCACUAAGUGCUUGUGAUUGGUUUAAAAUUGGCUGCAAUCAAUCAGAAGCACUACCUAGAUCUGAGUAGUGACACCUCCUUAGUAAGGAAUUUCUGCGCUUGUUCCUUAGACGCUAUUUCGCGUGGAAGCCCUUGGUGGGGUCACGAAAUGUCAGCUUUUUUCUACCUGCAAGUACCUGGCUGCAAACGCUUAAUUAUUUCCAUUUCGUUGUAAUUUUUAUGAAUUCUUUAUGAUAUCUUCGGACAUUCAAAGAUUAAUAAUGAAUAGCAAGAGGAGCUUUAGAUCUGAUAGACGUAAGGUUUUAAUCCCAAUUUUUGAUUAUAAUAAUUCCCACUAAAAAUGUUGAGAUCUUUUAAAAUGGAAUUUUGAUUAGACUAUAAUAGUUAAAGAGCUCAAACAUGGAAAUUUUUUUAAGAACUAUUGAAACUCAUACGGCCGAACAGCCAAAAACAAAACAAAACACAACAUGGUAAACUGACCAAAUUGACAAACGACAACAACAACAACCUAACAAAAGCAAGAUUUCUCUGUGUCUGACUACUCUCUCUUAAUGAUGUCUUGUUUAAAAUAAGUCUCAUUUAAAAUUCUGCUUUUAUCAGGUGCUUACUAUGAUAACCUUAACUGCAGCUGUGCGCAAUUCUCUGCCGCGAGUGACGUACACAAAGUACAGCGACUGGUUUUUAAUGACCUGUCUUGUGUAUGUGUUUGGUGCUCUGGUCGAGUUUGCUGUUAUCAAUUUCCAUGACAGCUUGGAGGCAAGAAAACAUGAGACACUUAAGUGCAAACUAAACGACGUUGACAUGGAGAGCGGGGUAAGUGGAAUGAUGACAUAAAUCUAAGGCUCCUACUGAUGUAGUAGAAACUAAACAGAUCCACGAAACAUGGCAUUUAUAAUUAUUCCUUGAGCGCUCGUUGGAUAGGAGGUUGCUGAUAGCCAACAAAGCGCGAAGCACCCGAGUUGGCCAUAACCAGUAAGUGAAUUCGACCGUCAUUUUAUUCACUUCUUUUAUAGUUUAUUACAAGUCAUCAGCUAAUUGUUAAAUCAGAAUUAUAACCUGUAGGAAUGAUUUUUCUACUGUAAUUGAGAUAAAUACUAAAUAAAAUACAUUUUUAGAUGUUUAUUAUAUUUAUUGUUAUAAGUAGAGACUGAGAGGGUAUUAAAUUAUCAAUACCGCACAUCAAAUCCUAGACACACCGCGUCCAAAAUCGUGGUUUUGUCAGUUGUCAAAAAAAUUCGUUUAACAAGAAACAUACAUGGUCAAAAGCUUUACUAUGUUCUUCUGUCACGAAUUGACAAAACAAAACCUUUGACUUCACUGUCCAUACAGUGUGAAAUACGGCCUGCUUAACUGGCCAAUCACAGUCCUCGUACCAACUGAGAUAUGAAAUAUUGUUCAUUCAUGUACGCUGGAGGUUGCCAAGCACGAAAGAAGCGGAAGAGUCAACUAAAAAAAUAGCGAUGGCAAAGGAAGGGCAACUCUUGCUUCAUACGUGUCGCCUGUAAACGCAUGCAGUUCAUAAAAAUUACCCUGAACUAUUCUUUUUUUUUUGCAGCGAGAUGAAUCCUGCAGAGACAUGGAAGAAACGGAUAGCAACGACUUGAAAACCAGGUACUUACAGAAACAGUUAAACAACCUGCGAGAAAAGGUCAAGUUAUUCACGGAGCAUGACCUCAACGUGCAAGUCAUUGACAGCCGCUGUAGAAUUCUGUUUCCGCUGACAUUUGCCAUCGUCAACAUCAUUUACUGGAUUUACUUCAUCUUUGAUUCCAAAAGAUCGUAA